CUGGGAUUCUGUGACAUGUCUGAUAUUGCGGUGACCAAAACCGCACACGCUGUUCAAGCCACCAAAGUUCUUGGCACAGUCAAGUGGUUCAAUGUCAGAAAUGGAUACGGCUUUAUCAACAGAAAUGAUACCAAAGAAGAUGUGUUUGUUCAUCAGACGGCGAUAAAGAAAAACAACCCCCGGAAGUACCUGCGCAGUGUUGGUGAUGGAGAGACUGUGGAAUUUGAUGUGGUCGAGGGAGAAAAGGGUGCAGAAGCAGCCAAUGUCACUGGUCCAGACGGAGUCCCUGUGGAAGGCAGCCGCUACGCCGCCGACCGGCGCCGCUACCGACGGGGCUACUUCGGCCGACGCCGUGGGCCACCUCGGAGUCAGGGUGCUGAGGGAGAAAUCAAGGAUGGGGUCACAGAAGGAGGACAACUUCAGCAAGUGCACAGGAAUCCUACUACCUACCGGCCCCGCUACCGCAGAGGGCCCCCUCGCCCACGCCCUGCCCCAGCCACCGGGGAGGCCGAGAACAAGGAGAACCACCACGAGGCCAGCGCCAUGGGCCAGCAGCCCCUUCGCCGCGGCUACCGCCGCCCCUACAACUACCGGCGCCGGCCCCGUCCUGCCAGCGCUCCAGCUCAGGAGGGCAAAGAGACAAAGGUAACUGAACCACCUGCUGAAACUCCUGCUCCAGUGACAGAGCAGGGUGGUGCUGAGUGAUGCCCGGCUCCCCAGGCACCUGUACCAUCCCUCAGGUGUCCUAAAAUACAGCUCAAAAGUAACACCAAAGAAACACACAAGCAAUAAAUUGUCAACAGUGAUGACCAGAGCGAAGAUUUGACCUACGGAAAUGCAAAAGGAAACAAAACUUACCAGCAGCUGAGAUCCAGGGAACGCCUACAAGAGAGAUGCAUGAGAGAGAAAAGAGAGCGAGGUUCAGAAAGAACAACCUCCCUAGUUUUCAACAGCAACUGUGGAGCUUUUGUUUUUUGGGUUUUGUUUUUUUUUUUUUCCUAGAAUUUCACUGUUUUGCUAGUAAUGAAUUUUUCAAUUUUUCAAUUUUUCUUUUGGUAUCAAACUGAAAAGGGAAAAAAAAGCAACCAAAGAACUAAAAAUUGAAACAAAAAAUGCUUUUUUUUUAUUGGAUGCUGGUGCUAAACCUCCCAAGUGUGAUGAGUUGUUUUUUUCUGUGCCAGUCCUGAUCACUGCAGGACGUGGGGAGGAGAAACUUCCGCUUUCCUUGUUAAGAUCUAUUUGAAACUGUGCAGCAUUGGGUGACGUUCCUCACAAAUAAAAGUGAUUUCAGUUACUCAAAGAA